AUGUCUAUUGAUGUUGAGAAGAUCCCGUUGUCGAAACGUAGAUUUUACGUUGAUAAAGAUUUUCAAUUAUUCAGUAAUGGGAAACAAUCAAAAGCUGAAAAAGCAAAAAUUUUGAAAAAAGAACUAUUACCCGAAUAUCAAUUAUCUGUACAUAUGCAAGAAAAUUUAGAUGAACAAUCGCAUGGAAAAUUAUGGAAAUUAUUGCGUGAUUGUGAUGCACAAGAAGUUCUAAAUGAAAGAACAUCCUUACUAAUCAGAGGGCUUGAAAAUGCGUAUUAUAGAACUCAAAAGCCAUUGUCUGUACCGGAUAUUUCAAAACGAUUGUCACCAGGUACUCCUGUGUGGUUAUAUUUUAAAACGACAUGUGAUGUUAAACCGGAUCUAAAAUCAGCAGAAAUAAUUAGUUAUGAACAAAAAGAACGUCUUCGAUAUGGUUAUCGGCAACAGCAACAAUUACAAUCAAAAUCCAAUUUAGUUGCCCAUAAUACAGACAAUUGUACACAGACAAUGCAAGAACAACUCACAUCUCUUACGGCUAAAUCGCCACACACAUCAAAUUGUUUAUUACUUUCAAUGGGAACAUUUCACGAUGCCGGAACAUACAAUUGCCAUUAUCAGUCAGAAGAAGGUCUUGAUUCAUAUGAAAUUGAAUUUCGUCAAACUCCACAAUCAAUCAUAAUUCGCAGUCGUCCAUGUUCAGAUUAUUCACCACAAGAUGAUCAACUGUAUAAUAAACAUUUGUAUUCGACAGUAAUUUCACAUGAAACCAUUGAACCUUAUAUAGUUCUCGUUUAUAAAGAUGUUCAAAAAUAUAUUGACCUCUAUUUUCCAUUAAUUUAUGCCAUUAAAUCUGUCGUCGAAGUAACGAUCGAUGAUGUUAAUGGACAAACAAUUAAACGAACACGUUCAAAUCGAUUUCAUCGUUUUUCAACAAAAGUUAUCUCUCAGACUUCAGUGUUACAUGUUCGAUUACCAAUGUAUAAUUACUCAAUUAAAAUGAUUAAUGAUUUAUCAUCAACGCUAGCUGAAAAUGGUAUCAAAUUAGUUUACGGAAAUAUAAAAAUAGAAUAUUUUAGUCCCACCUAUGUAUCACCGUAUGAACAUAUUCAGUUUAGUUCUUAUAUUGCCAAUUAUGCUUGGGAUAUGUUAUUGUCAUUAGGUAAGACUUUUUGUUACUAACCCAUUGGAACUUUUGGAAAUAAUUAGAAAUUAAUGCGAACUAAUUUAAAAAAGUUUCAUAUUAAAUUAGUGCACAUUCAGUUUUUUCUGAUUAAAAAUCAAUUUAAAUU